UGCUCUGAGCUGGCGAAGCGGGCCUGGCCGCAUUCCCUGGCAGCCCCUGGGCUAAGGGCUUCGUGGCCAUCUCCCCUCGUCCACUCCCCUUGUCCCCAGCUGGACUUGAUUCGACCCCUCCCCUGCUCCCCAUUGCAGAGUUUUCGGAGGCUCCUGCGGGUUCCUCAUACCCUUUGCCCUUUGGUGUUGGGGUCCAGGCUGUGCUACCCACCCCUGCUUCCUGGCCUGAGCUGCCCCUGGCCCCUGACCCCAUGGGGCUGGUGGCUCCAGUCGUCCCCAGGACCAGCCCGGGAUAGAAAUGGCAUUUCCUCUUGGCCAGGCUACAGCUGUUUUUGUUGUCUGUGUUCUCAAGCGCUUCCUCUGGGGAUGGCAGGGAGGGUAACCAGACUCCACGAGACCCCCGAUUGCCCUCUCCGCCACUCACCCCUCUUCCCCUGUCUCUUUGAUCCUUUUCCUGUGCUGGUCCCGCCUCCCCGUCCCCAGAACAGAAUGACUGAGAACAUGAAGGAGUGCUUGGCGCAGACCAAGGCAGCUGUGGGGGACAUGGUGACCGUGGUGAAGACAGAAGUCUGCUCACCUCUCCGUGACCAGGAGUAUGGCCAGCCCUGCUCUAGGAGACCAGAUCCCUCGGCCAUGGAAGUGGAGCCCAAGAAACUGAAGGGGAAGCGUGACCUCAUCAUGCCCAAAAGUUUCCAGCAAGUGGACUUCUGGUUCUGCGAGUCAUGCCAGGAGUACUUUGUGGAUGAAUGCCCGAAACAUGGUCCCCCCGUGUUUGUGUCCGACACGCCGGUGCCUGUGGGCAUCCCAGACCGGGCCGCCCUCACCAUCCCACAGGGCAUGGAGGUGGUCAAGGACGCCAGUGGGGAGAGUGAUGUGCGCUGCAUAAAUGAGGUUAUCCCCAAAGGCCACAUCUUCGGUCCCUAUGAGGGGCAGAUCUCCACCCAGGACAAAUCAGCUGGCUUCUUCUCCUGGCUGAUUGUGGACAAGAACAACCGCUACAAGUCCAUAGACGGGUCAGACGAGACUAAAGCCAACUGGAUGAGGUACGUGGUCAUCUCCCGGGAGGAGAGGGAGCAGAACCUGCUGGCGUUCCAGCACAGCGAGCACAUCUACUUCAGGGCGUGCAGGGACAUCCGGCCCGGGGAGCGGCUGCGGGUCUGGUACAGCGAGGACUAUAUGAAGCGCCUACAUAGCAUGUCCCAAGAGACCAUCCAUCGCAAUCUGGCCAGAGGAGAGAAGCGGUUGCAGAGGGAGAAGUCUGAGCAGGCUCUGGAUGACCCAGAGGACCUGAGGGGUCCCAUUCACCUCCCUGUGUUGAGACAGGGCAAAAGUCCCUACAAGCGAGGCUUUGAUGAGGGGGACGUGCACCCCCAGACCAAGAAGAAGAAAAUUGACCUCAUUUUCAAGGAUGUGCUGGAGGCCUCACUGGAAUCUGCGAAGGUGGAAGCCCAUCAGCUGGCCCUGAGCACCUCGCUGGUCAUCAGGAAAGUCCCCAAAUACCAGGGCGAUGCCUACAGUCGCUGUGCAAUGACCAUGUCGCAUGGCUUGCAGAAUGUCAGCCGGACCCAGGGGGAAGGGGACUGGAAGACCCCCCAAGGGGCUUCUACGGAGCCAGGCCCCUUGGAGGAUGAAGAAGAGGAGCCUUCAUCAUUCAAGGCCGACAGCCCUGCCGAGGCCUCCCUUGCAUCCGACCCUCACGAGCUUCCCACCACCUCCUUUUGCCCUAAUUGUAUUCGCCUAAAGAAGAAGGUUCGGGAACUGCAGGCAGAACUAGACAUGCUUAAGUCUGGGAAGCUUCCUGAGCCCCCGGUACUGCCAGCACAGGUACUGGAGCUCCCAGAGUUCUCGGACCCUGCAGCCUCAGAGAGCAUGGUCUCUGGCCCUGCCAUCAUGGAAGACGACGACCAGGAGGUCGAUUCAGCAGACGAAUCCGUCUCCAACGAUAUGAUGACUGCCACCGAUGAGCCCUCCAAGAUGUCGUCUGCCACCGGGCGCCGAAUCCGGCGCUUUAAGCAGGAGUGGCUGAAGAAGUUCUGGUUCCUGCGGUACUCCCCGACCCUCAACGAGAUGUGGUGCCACGUCUGCCGCCAGUACACGGUGCAGUCCUCCCGCACCUCGGCCUUCAUCAUUGGCUCCAAGCAGUUCAAGAUCCACACCAUCAAACUGCACAGCCAGAGCAACCUGCACAAGAAGUGCCUGCAGCUCUACAAGCUCCGCAUGCACCCCGAGAAGACGGAGGAGAUGUGUCGCAACAUGACCCUGCUCUUCAACACCGCCUACCACCUGGCCCUCGAGGGCAGGCCCUACCUGGACUUCCGGCCCCUGGCUGAGCUGCUGAGGAAGUGCGAGCUCAAGGUCGUGGACCAGUACAUGAAUGAGGGAGACUGCCAGAUCCUCAUUCACCACAUCGCCCGGGCGCUGCGGGAAGACCUGGUGGAGCGCAUCCGCCAGUCGCCUUGCCUCAGCAUCAUCCUGGACGGGCAGAGCGAGGACCUGCUGGCCGACACGGUGGCCGUCUACGUCCAGUACACCAGCAGCGAUGGGCCCCCGGCCACGGAGUUCCUGUCCCUGCAGGAACUGGGCUUCUCUAGCACAGAGAGCUAUCUCCAGGCACUUGACCGAGCCUUUUCUGCCUUGGGCAUCCGGUUGCAGGAUGAGAAGCCAACCGUUGGCCUGGGUGUAGACGGGGCCAACAUCACAGCCAGCCUGCGUGCCAGCAUGUUCAUGACGAUCCGCAAGACGCUGCCCUGGCUGCUGUGCCUGCCCUUCAUGGUGCACCGGCCCCACCUGGAAGUCCUGGAUGCCAUCAGUGGGAAGGAGCUCCCCUGCCUGGAGGAGCUGGAGAACAACCUGAAGCAGCUGCUGAGCUUCUACCGGUACUCACCGCGGCUCAUGUGCGAGCUGCGGUCCACGGCCUCUACCCUGUGUGAGGAGACGGAGUUCCUGGGGGACAUCCGGGCUGUGAGGUGGAUCAUCGGGGAGCAGAACGUCCUCAACGCCCUCAUCAAGGACUACCUGGAAGUGGUGGCCCACCUCAAGGAUGUCAGCAGCCAGACCCAACGGGCGGACGCCUCGGCCAUCGCGCUGGCCCUGCUGCAGUUCCUCAUGGACUACCAGUCCAUCAAGCUCAUCUACUUCCUUCUGGACGUGAUCGCCGUGCUCUCCCGCCUGGCCUACGUCUUCCAGGGCCAGUACCUCCUGGUGUCGCAGGUGGAUGACAAGAUCGAGGAGGCCAUCCAGGAGAUCAGCCGACUGGCCGAUUGCCCAGGGGAAUACCUGCAGGAGUUCGAGGAGAAUUUCCGUGAGAGCUUCAACGGGAUCGCAGUGAAGAACCUCAGGGUGGCUGAAGCCAAGUUCCAGUCCAUCAGGGAGAAGAUCUGCCAGAAGACCCAGGUGAUCCUGGCUCAGAGGUUCGAUUCCCGCAGCCGGAUCUUUGUGAAGGCCUGCCAGGUGUUCGACCUAGCUGCCUGGCCCAGGAACAGCGAGGAGCUCAUGAACUAUGGCAAGGAGGAUAUGGUUCAGAUAUUUGAUCACCUGGAAUCUAUCCCGACCUUUUCCCGGGAUGUCUGUCGGGAAGGGCUGGAUCCCCGGGGGAGUCUGUUGAUGGAGUGGCGAGAACUCAAGGCUGAUUACUAUACCAAAAAUGGCUUCAAAGACCUGAUCGGCCACAUUUGCAAAUACAAACAGAGGUUUCCGCUCUUGAACAAGAUCAUCCAGGUCCUCAAGGUCCUCCCCACUUCCACCGCUUGCUGCGAGAAGGGCCGGAAUGCCCUGCAGCGAGUUCGCAAAAACCACCGCUCCCGCCUCACUCUGGAGCAGCUUAGCGACCUGUUGACAAUCGCGGUGAACGGCCCGCCCAUUGCCAACUUUGACGCCAAGCGAGCCCUGGACAGCUGGUUUGAGGAGAAGUCCGGCAACAGUUACUCUCUGUCCGCCGAGGUCCUCAGCAGGAUGUCUGCGCUGGAACAGAAGCCGGUGCUGCAGACCGUGGACCACGGGGCAGAGUUCUACCCGGACAUCUAGGGAGCUGGCGUCUCAGAGGUCACUAAGCUGUUGAAUAUUUUUUUAAUCUAUACUCAUAAGCUUUGAUAUAUUAUAUAAAUAUAUAUUAUAUUAUAUAUAUAUAAACCCACACUGAAAUUUUUUAAAAACCAAGGUGACACAUCCACCAGAAGCUACUGGGAGCUUUCGGAAAGAAUUCAGAAACUGACUCUUGUCUACAAAAUCUGGCAGCUGCAACAUCCGUGGCGACUCAUUUUCA